AUGGCCUUUUCCAAGUCUCCCACCACAGCGACUGGCUUCAAGCCAAAGAACAAGCUCCGCCGACAAGCCGCCUUCCUCAGCAUAAAGAAAGCCCGCGAAUCAGAAAAGCGUGACCUGCGACACCGCCGCAGGCGAGAGGAACUCAAGGAUGCCUCACUGCGCGAAGAGCGCCUCAAGAACAACGUCCCGCAGACCAUCGACAACAAGCGCGUGUGGGAUGAGCCCGUGGGAGAUGACGAAGAUGUUCUGGGUUGGGCGGUCGAUGUCGAGCGACUGGCGAAGAAGAGGAAGCUAGAUGAGGACGCGGCUGCAAAAGAGGAAGAGGAGGGCACAUUAGCCAAGCUCAAGAAGAGAGAUCAAGAGCAGGAGGCAGGUUCAGAUGAUGACGACGAAGAAGAGGAAGACGAGGAGGAAGACGCAGACUCUAUGCUGGAUUCUGAGAACGAGGAUGGCGACUCGUUCGACUCGGACGAUUCGGAAAUCAUGAAGCCCUCGACAAAGCGCGCCCCAUCCCCCGACCCAUCCGUCGCAACUACGGCAGCCACAAACAUGGAACUCUCCCCCGAGUUCCUCAAGCAGAAAUUUCCCCAACUCUUCGACCCACAGCCCGAGCCAAAAAUCCUCGUCACGACCUCAAUAAACUCGUCCCUUCACAAAGAAGCCGACACCCUGACCUCCUUCUUCCCCAACAGCACCUACAUUCGCCGCACCGCGCACGCACACGCACACAAAUACUCCGUCCGGGAGAUUGCGCAGUUCGCCGCGGCGAGGGACUACACAGCCGUCGUGGUGCUGAUGCAAGCCGAGCACGAGAAGAAGCCUGACGGCCUGGACAUUGUGCACUUGCCUAACGGGCCACAUUUCCAUUUCAGCGUAACCAACUGGAUCGACGGCAAGAAGCUGCCGCGCCACGCAAACGACACGGGCCACUACCCGGAGCUCAUACUGAACAACUUCAAGACGCCCCUGGGUAUCUUGACUGCACAUCUUUUCAAGGGAUUGUUCCCCGCGGCGCCAGAGCUCGAGGGCCGACAGGUCCUGACGCUGCACAACCAGCGCGAUUACAUCUUCGUCAGGAGACAUAGAUAUGUGUUCCGCGACAAGCGGGAGACGGAGAAGCCCAUUCUUGGGAACGACGGGAAGCCUAUCAAGGGUGUUGAGGAUGUCAAGGUGGGCAUGCAGGAGAUCGGGCCGCGCAUGACGCUCAAGCUCCGAAGAAUAGAUCGCGGGAUCCAGUACAAGAGUGGCCAAGAAUGGCAGUGGAAAGGUCGCAUGGAGAAGCAAAGGACACGCUUCAACAUGUAG